UCCUUCACGUCUUCUUUUACCGAAGAGAGAGACGAGAGCAGCCAGCUGAGAAAAGGGUUUUUGUACCGUCUCCGUUUUCUAUUGGGGAAAACUGAGAACACUCGAAGUUGAAGGAAAUAGAAAGGUAAAGGGCCUUUACCUUCUGCUUAACGCUGAUUUUUUUAUAAAAAUGGCGAGUGAAAACCCUAACGUCGAAAUUGUGGUUAAAGAGAAUGGAAGUGCAGAACUUUCGGGUGGCAAAGAAGAAAUGGAAACGUCUGAUCUCUCAAAGGCUUUAGAGUCUUUGGUUGGCAAUGAAGUAGGGAAGGAUGAAGAUGAAAGGGAGAGCAAAGCAGAGGCUUCAAAGAAGAAAAAGAAGAAAAGCAAAAGCAGGAAAAAGAAGGAAGUGCCUCAGCAGACUGAUCCACCGUCCGUUCCAAUUGCAGAACUUUUUCCAUCUGGAGAAUUUCCUGAAGGUGAAAUUCAGCAGUACAAAGACGAUAAUUUAUGGAGGACCACAUCUGAAGAGAAGAGGGAGUUGGAGCGUCUAGAAAAACCAAUAUAUAAUUCAGUUCGACAAGCAGCAGAAGUCCAUCGUCAGGUUCGGAAAUAUAUCAAAAGCAUUCUGAGGCCUGGAAUGUUAAUGACUGAUCUUUGUGAGACAUUAGAGAACACUGUUCGGAAGCUAAUAGCAGAGAAUGGCCUCCAAGCAGGCAUUGCAUUUCCUACUGGAUGCUCUUGCAACUGGAUUGCUGCUCAUUGGACACCAAAUACAGGAGACAAAACUGUGCUUCAGUAUGAUGAUGUAAUGAAGGUGGAUUUUGGAACACAUAUUGAUGGACAUAUAAUUGACUGUGCAUUUACGGUUGCAUUCAAUCCUAUGUUUGAUCCUUUGCUAGAAGCUUCACGUGAAGCAACUAAUACUGGUAUCAAGGAAGCUGGCAUUGAUGUUCGUCUUUGUGAUGUUGGUGCUGCAAUCCAAGAGGUCAUGGAAUCAUAUGAGGUUGAAAUAAAUGGAAAGGUGUACCAAGUUAAAAGUAUCCGAAACUUGAAUGGACACAGCAUUGGGCAAUACCAAAUUCAUGCUGGUAAAUCUGUUCCUAUUGUCAAAGGAGGGGAGCACACUAAAAUGGAAGAGGGUGAAUUUUAUGCAAUUGAAACUUUUGGAUCUACAGGGAAAGGAUAUGUAAGAGAAGAUCUGGAGUGCAGCCAUUACAUGAAAAGUUUUGAUGUUGGUCAUGUCCCUUUGAGAUUGCCCAGAGCAAAGCAACUUCUGGCAACAAUUAACAAGAAUUUCUCGACAUUGGCCUUCUGCAGACGGUACUUAGACCGCCUCGGUGAGACUAAAUAUCUAAUGGCAUUGAAGAACUUGUGUGAUGCUGGCAUCAUUCAGCCUUGCCCUCCUUUAUGCGACGUUAAGGGCAGUUAUGUAUCCCAAUUUGAGCAUACUAUCUUACUGCGGCCUACAUGCAAGGAGGUGCUGUCCAGAGGUGAAGAUUAUUGAACCGUGUAUGAUGAAAUUUUGUCCAUCACCUAUCAGUAUUUAUAUCUGGACAGUCGUUGGCUGAAACUUUUUUUGCAGUUUGCCUUCUGUCGUUGUAUUUUGAACUAUUUGAUGAAUAUAUGGAGAGAGCAUGUAAUAGUAAAUUGUUUUAUACUUAAAACAGAAUGACAACAACAAUAAUGGUAUUUAGGUUGAAAUUAACCCUCUGGGGUUGUCUA